AUGGCCAUGGCAGGCUGCGUCCCGAACAGCAAGAGCCUUUCCGAGAUCUACUACCCCGGUGAACUAGGCGGGCAGGAGAAACGAUGGAAUAGUCUUAUUUCCAGCUUCAAGACCCGGUAUGGCUGCCGUCCCGACUUUGUUGCCCGCUCGCCAGGACGGGUCAACAUUAUCGGCGAGCAUAUCGACUAUUCCCUUUACCCAGUGUUGCCCAUGGCCAUCUCGGCUGACACAAUUAUCGCUGUUUCAUCGACUCACACCGACGCCGCGAGCUCAAGUUUUGAGGUGGAGAUCGCGAACCUCGAAGAUGACAAGUUUUCAGCAGGCACCUUUAGCGUACCAAUUGGGGGUGAUGUGGACAUCGACGCCAAAGUUCAUGACUGGGUGAAUUACUUCAAAGCUGGCCUCCGCGGCGCCUUUGACCCCUUGCAGAAGAGAAAGGGGAGGGCUGGCGUCCUUGCUGCCUUCACGACGGCCAGCGCCUUAGCCGUCAUGCUUGCCAACGGCGAGGAGACAAUCGACAAGACUGAGCUCACUGAACUCGCCAUUGUUAGUGAGCGAGCAGUUGGUGUGAACUCGGGAGGGAUGGAUCAAUCCGCCUCCGUCUUUUCGAACCGCGGCUCAGCUGUCCACGUCGAAUUUGUGCCCUCUCUCAAGGCGACUCCAGUCAGCUUCCCCGAGACCUCGCCGCAGCUCACCUUCCUCAUCGCUCAGUCCUACGUCACCUCCGAGAAGCAAGUCACCGGACCUAUCCACUACAACCUUCGCGUUGCCGAGUGCUCCCUCGCAGCCGCAUACCUCAAUGCCGUAACCAAUGCGCCCGGAACCACGCUGCCCGCCGACAACUCGCCCCUCGGCAUCUCCCUCUCCACAUUCGGCGCGACCCAAAAGACGACGCCCCAGGAUCUCGAUGCCCUCAUUCGCCUCGUCGAGGAAAAACUGCCCAAGACCGAGGGCUACACCCGUGAGGAGAUUGCCCACGUUCUCGGCAUCACCGUCGCCGAUCUCGAGGCCCGCUUCACCACAAAGUUCCCCGUACGCGCAUCCCACUUCAUGCUGCGCCAACGAGCUCUCCACGUCUUCUCCGAGGCCCGCCGCGUCCAACGCUUCACCGAGCUCCUCGCCGCAAGCUCGGCGGAGGGUGCCGGUCCCGCUCCCGCCACUUUGAGCCUUGAUCUCGGCGCUCUGCUGAACGAGACGCAGGACUCGUGCCGCGACCUCUACGACUGUAGCUGUCCCGAAAUUGACCUCAUCUGUGCCAUUGCCCUAGAGGCCGGCGCAUACGGUAGCAGGCUCACCGGCGCCGGCUGGGGCGGGUGCACCGUCCACCUUAUCCCAGCGGACAAGGUCGACGCUGUCCAGACAGCACUGAAGAAGCAGUAUUACGAGGCCAAGGGCAUCACUAUAGGCGAGGAUACCAUGGUAGUUAGCAAGCCGGGUAGUGGAAGCUCUUUUGUCUGGGCUUCGGAUCUCGAAGGCAUCUGA